GCCUGCUGUCACACUGCAUUCAGCCUCAGUUUCAUGUAUCAACUGUCACAGAAGCUAAGUUCGAACCUUCAAUCCGACCGGCUUUGCUGUCCGCUGUAAGAGCUUGCCAAUCUGAAAAGUUCAGAAUGCUGUCGUAGCUUCUCCUGCGUUUCAAAGGGUGUCCUACGUCAUCGAUUGUUGAUCUCGAAGCACUGCUGGAAGUUAAGCUUAGUGGUGACAAUGGCGUCGUCCCAGGUAAUCAGAGGUCUUACCCAAAGCGCAGCAUUGCCCUUGAGCAGCUGCUCAGCUCAGUCAGCUGCCUCCGCGCACGUACAGCUGUCACCGCUGCCUGUACAGCUGUCAGCACUGCCCAGGGAUCGAACCGUGAAACAGCAUGUGAGCUCCAAAGUUUUGGCGUCUGAGUUCUCCGGUUUGCGCUUGGAUUCUUCGGCGGGGUGUUCCACAAGCGGUGCGCAGCCGCCCAGAUCAGAGAGAAGGAACAGAAACGGGGCAGCGCGAGCGACUGCAACGGUCGGGACUGAUGCGCAGACGCUGAAGAAGGUCGAUCCGAAGUUAUCACAGCGGUGCAUAACGGCGAUCAGGACGCUUACUGUGGACUCCGUCGAAAACGCACAGGCUGGCCACCCAGGCCUCCCUAUGGGCUGUGCGCCAAUCGGCUAUGUGCUGUUUGACGAGGUCAUGAAGUACAACCCCAAGAACCCGCAGUGGUUCAACCGCGACCGCUUUGUGCUCAGCGCGGGGCACGGCGUGCUGCUGCAGUACAUCCUGCUGCACCUGGUGGGCUACGACAGUGUGCAGGUUGACGACUUGAAGAGCCUCUGCAAGUGGGGCUCCCGCUGCCCUGGUCACCCGGAGAAUCUGCUGACCGGGGGCAUCGAGCUCACCACUGGUCCCCUCGGCCAAGGAACCGCCAACGCCGUCGGUUUCGCCAUGGCCGAGAAGCACCUCGCCGCCCGGUUCAAUCGCCCGGGGCACGAGAUCGUGAACCACUACACGUACUGCUUGGCUGGCGACGGCUGUUUGAUGGAGGGCAUUAGCAACGAGGCGGGUUCGAUGGCCGGUCACUUGGGGCUAGGCAAGCUCAUCAUGUUCUACGACAACAACAACAACAGCAUCGACGGGCCCACGUCCAUCACUUUCGAUGAGGACGUCUGCAAAAGGUACGAGGCCCUCGGCUGGCAUGUCCAGAGGGUGGGUGAUCCGGACAGCCAUUUGGACGAUCUGCGCCAGGCGAUCGUUCGCGCCAAGAGCGUCACGGACAAGCCGUCCUUCAUCCAGGUGGACACGACGAUCGGGUACGGAUCCCCAAGCAAGCAGGGCACCGCUAAGGCGCACCACGGCACGUUCGGCCCGGAGGAGGUCGAGAAGAUCCGCGAGACGCUGCACGCCGAUUACAAGGAGCCCUUCACCGUCCCACAGGACGUGCUCGACCACUGGCGCCAGAACGUGACACGUGGCGAGCAGGCAGAGGGCGAAUGGAAGCAGGAGUGGGAGCGGUAUCAGCGGGAGUACCCCGAGGAGGCCCGGGAGCUGGACAACCUCGUCAACCAGAGACUGCCGGAUGACUGGGAGAGCGUCAUCCCGGACUUUUCCGGCGAGACCAAGGGCGACGCGACGCGCGGCUGGAGCGAGAAGGUGAUCAACGCGCUGGCCGGCCGCGUGCCGGGGCUCAUCGGCGGCAGCGCCGACCUGGCGACGUCGAACAAGCUGUACCUCAAGGCGUGGGGCGACUUUGAGAAAGACGCGCCCGCCGAAAGAAACAUCCGAUACGGUGUGCGCGAGCACGCAAUGGCUGCGAUCUCCAACGGCCUCGCGCUGCACCGCAGCGGGCUUAUCCCCUUCGCCGGCACGUUCUUCGUCUUCACGGACUACAUGCGCGGGGCGGUGAGAAUAAGCGCGCUGAGCGACGCUGGCGUCAUUUAUGUCGUCACCCAUGAUUCCAUCGGCCUCGGAGAAGACGGCCCGACCCACCAACCGGUGGAACACCUGGCGAGUCUGAGGGCUAUGCCCAACAUGACGGUGGUGCGACCGGGGGAUGCCAUUGAGGUGGCCGGGGCAUACAAGGUGGCCAUCAAGAACCGCAGCGGCCCCACCAUGAUCGUCCUCUCGCGCCAGAAGCUGUCGAGCGCUGUCGUCAGCGGCACGUCAGCGGACAACGUGGAGAAGGGCGGGUAUGUCGUCAGCGACAACUCGGAGCCGGGCAAGGUCCCCGACCUGAUCCUUCUGGCGACCGGCGCAGAGCUGGAGCUGAGUGAGAAGGCCGCCACGAAAAUGCGCGAGGAGGCCGGCUUUAAGGUCCGUUUGGUUUCCAUGGUGUGCUGGGAGCUGUUCGAAGCUCAGCCCGAGUCCUACCGGAACGACGUUCUUCCUCUCGAGUGCCAAGCCCGGGUCUCAGUCGAGGCCGGGAGCAAACUAGGAUGGCGGGAGUGGGUCGGCCCCCGGGGCAAGAUUAUCGCAGUCGACAGAUUUGGCGCAAGCGCAGACUAUGAUACGCUGUUUGCCAAGUUCGGGUUCUCGGUGGAUAACAUUGUCAGCGUGUCGAAGCAGGCGAUCGCAGAGGCAGUGCCGGUCUAAAGAGCGAAGAUUUCGUUCCUUUUCCGGCGGUUCAGAGGUUCAAAGGGGCUUGAACGUGGUGGGAAAUUGGCGGGUUGGAAAGGGAUCUCUCCUAUGAAGUGGUACUGUUGUUCUGAAUGGAAAGCCAACGUUGGGUACAGAUCAGGAUUGAUCCUUUGGCACCAUUGUGGCAUUGGACGAAGCGUCAGCAGUCAGGUAGAGCGAGGCUGACAGGCGGAAAAUAGGGAGUGUACAAGUUCUCGUUUCCUUGAUGAAUGUUCGAGUCAGUGAACGCGGUCCAAAUGUGAUGCUAGUUUUGCAGUUUUGUAACAGUACUAAAUUUGAAUCAUACCAUCGAAGUUUUGUGAGAAAUAGUGCACGCAUCAAAAAGUUGAUUGCAAAUUUUUGGAGAUAUAAACAGAACCAAUAAGAUCUGAAAACACUUUUGUCCUCAACAUGUCCCUAAU